GCGGGCUUGACGUCACUGAAGCGCCCAGGCUCUCCAGAGCGAGAGCCGCUGGUUGUGUUGGCAAAAAAUAUGGGAAAAUUAGAUAGAGGUAUGCUGAGGAAAUAAGGGAAAAUGUCCGUAUAUGUGCCGUAUUCCAUUUGACGCAGGAUACAACAAACUGACUUGACUGACCCCCAUCAGACAGAGCUACAGCACGAUCAGUCUCCUGUGUAUCGACCCUCUGAAUAGUCGUUAUCUAACUCCAAGAGCAGCUGUCACUCAGUCCCUUCUGAGAUUGAGAGAGCGCUCAGCUGUUUCGCAUGAAACAAGCGCUCACUUACUUCAGUUGAGUCCGUCACACACUAGACAAGGCUACAUCUCCACGUUUCGGACACCUCUUCCCACCAUCCAGCCGUCCACUCCUCUGCUUCAGCGAACAUGUACGGCAGCGCCCGUUCCGUUGGCCGAGCGGAUGCCAACCACAGCGGAGGAGGGAGAGACGCUGGGAGGGAUGGGGGGAGCAGCCAGGGUUCUGGGCGCUCCCCUCGUCUCCCCCGCUCACCACGGAUGGGUCACCGUCGCACCAACAGCACGGGGGGCAGCGGAGGAUGUCCAGGCGGGGCGGGGGGUAAGACCCUCUCCAUGGAGAACAUCCAGUCCCUCAAUGCAGCCUACGCCACCUCAGGACCCAUGUACCUGAGCGACAACGAGGUCGCAAUGUCCGACCGCGUUAACAAAAGCGGUCGGGAGAUGACCACAAUGGGGCGACAGAGGGUGACAUACGGGUCAAGGGCGAGCGCAGGUGGGGGUGGAGGCGUGGCAGCCAGCACACCAAACAUCGCCACGUCGGCCCCAGCCAACGCUGUGCUCCCUGGGGGAAUGAUGGCAGGUGACUCCCUGGCUUUUGGGGAUCACCACAUGGCCUCUACGGUGCCCCACUCCCUGAGACAAGCCCGGGAUAACACCAUACUGGACCUGCAGGCCCAGCUCAAAGAGGUUCUGCGUGAGAAUGAGUUGCUGUGUCGUGAGGUGGAGGUGAAGGAGAGCAAGCUGAGUUCCUCCAUGAACUCCAUAAAGACCUUCUGGAGCCCUGAGCUGAAGAAGGAGAGAGCCCUAAGGAAGGACGAGGUGUCCAAGAUCACUGUCUGGAAGGAACAAUACCGUGUGGUGCAAGACGAGACACAGCACCUCCACAUGACGGUCCAGGCCUUGCAGGAUGAAUUGAGGAUCCAGAGAGACCUGAACCAGCUGCUCCAGCAGGACCCUGCCAGCCAGGGUCGCGAACUGGCCCUGAACUCUGAACCCACGGAGGAGAACUACCGGCGGCUUCAUGGGGACCACGAGCGUCAGGCCAAGGAGCUGUUCCUGCUCAGAAAGACCCUGGAGGAGAUGGAGCUGAGGAUAGACACCCAGAAACAGACCCUGGGUGCCAGGGAUGAGUCCAUCAAGAAACUGCUGGAGAUGCUGCAGAGCAAAGGGCCGUCGGCUAAGGCCUCAGAGGAAGACCAGGAGAGAACCAGGAGACUGGCUGAUGCUGAGAUGCACAGACACCAUCUAGAGUCCCUACUGGACCAGAGAGACAGGGAGACGACUGCUCUACGAGAGGAGCUGCAUCGUCGAUACGAGGGAACCCCAGAGUCCACCAAAACCAAGGCUCUACAGACAGUCAUCGACAUGAAGGAUGCUAAGAUCAACUCUCUGGAGCGAGGUCUGAGGGACAUGGAGGAGGAGGUGAUGAUGCUCAAAUCCAACGGCCUGCUGAGCUGUGAGGAGAGACAGGAGGAUAUGAAACAGAUGGAGGUCUACCGCAGCCACACCAAGUUCAUGAAGAACAAGAUGGACCAAGUAAAGCAGGACAUGUCCAGGAAGGACACAGAGCUGCUAGGUUUACAGACCAAGCUGGAGACUCUGACCAACCAGUUCUCUGAUAGCAAACAGCACAUCGAGGUCCUCAAGGAGUCGCUGACUGCUAAAGAACAACGAGCUGCCAUCCUACAGACAGAGGUGGAUGCUUUGCGUCUGCGUCUGGAGGAGAAGGAGACCACGCUGAACAAGAAGAGUAAACAGAUCCAGGAGAUGUCUGAGGAGAAGGGCACGCUCAACGGAGAGAUCCACGACCUCAAGGACAUGCUGGAGGUCAAGGAGCGCAAGGUCAACGUCCUGCAGAAGAAGAUUGAGAACCUGCAGGAACAGCUGAGAGACAAGGAGAAGCAGAUGAGCAGCCUGAAGGAGAGAGUGAAGUCUCUACAGACAGACACCUCUAACACAGACACAGCUCUUAACACACUGGAGGAGUCCCUCGCUGAGAAGGAGCGCAUCAUCGAGCGUCUGAAGGAGCAGAGAGACAGAGACGACAGGGAGAAGACUGAGGAGAUCGACAGCAACAAGAAAGAACUGAAGGAUCUGAAGGAGAAAGUCAGUCUGCUGCAGGGAGAUCUGUCUGACAGAGAGACCAAUCUGUUGGACCUAAAGGAGCAUGCAUCAUCCCUGGCCUCCUCGGGGCUGAAGAAGGACUCCAAGCUGAAGAGUAUGGAGAUCUCUCUGGACCAUAAGAAGGAGGAGUGUCUCAAACUGGAGAACCAUCUUAAGAGGGCCCAGAAUGCGACUUUGGAGGCCAAGGCGAACACGGAGCUGUCGGAACGCAUCACCUCCCUGGAGCAGGAAGUGACCCGACACAGAGAAGAUUCUGGCAAGGCUCAGGCGGAGGUGGACCGGCUGCUGGAGAUCCUGAGAGAGAUGGAGAAUGAGAAGAACGACAAGGACCGCAAGAUCAACGAGCUGGAGAAUCAGUCCUCCAGGCAGACCAAGGACCAGAGUAAGAAGGUAGCAUCCCUGAAACAUAAGGAGCAGGUGGAGAAAAGUAGGAACGCCCGACUGGUGGACGAAGCUAAAAAGAGAGAGGACAACAUCUCAGAGAGCUCUCAACAGGUCAAGGACUCUCUGCGGUUGAAGACUGAGCGUAUCGAGGAGUUAGAGGAGGCUCUGAGGGAGAGUGUUCAGAUUACAUCAGAGAGAGAGAUGGUGCUGGCACAGGAGGAAGCUGCCAGGAACCACCAGGAGAAACAGAAGCACUCACACAAACCAAUGCAUGAGUCCAACCACGUCCACUUUAAGUGGUCUAAGAUUGAGGAGCUGCUGGGGGCCAUGGAGAAGGUCAAACAGGAGCUGGAGUCUAUGAGGGCCAAGCUAUCAUCUACCCAACAGUCCCUGUGUGAGAAGGAGACUCACCUCACCACUUUGAGGGCCGAACGCAGGAAACACCUGGAGGAGGUGCUGGAAAUGAAACAGGAGGCGCUGCUGGCAGCCAUCAGUGAGAAGGACGCCAACAUUGCCCUGCUGGAGCUGUCCUCGUCCAAGAAGAAGAAGACGCAGGACGAGGUGGCUCUGCUAAAGAGAGAGAAGGACCGUCUGGUACAACAGCUCAAACAGCAGACUCAGAACCGUAUGAAGCUAAUGGCAGACAACUAUGAGGAUGACCACUUGAAGACCGCUCCCGACCAGACCAAUCACAAACCUUCUCCAGAUCAGAUGAUCCCCCCUCUCCUGUCCCUGAGUGAGAAUCGCAAUAAGCUUAAGCUCUACAUUGCCCACCUGACUGACCUCUGCCAUGACCGAGACCCCAGCAUCCUCAGCGUCCUGACCCCACCCCCCCACUAUCACCACGCCAACCCACCAGCCUGGGAGGAGGAGCUACACAAGAUGACUUUGGAGCAGUUGGAACUGGAGUUGGAGUUGUGUGAGAAGGAGAGCGGGGAGCUGCAGGAGUAUGCCAACUCAGUGCUGCAGCAGAUCGCUGACUACUGCCCUGACAUCCUGGAGCAGGUGGUCAACGCGCUGGAGGAGUCCUGCUGAACUCUCACCUUUAUAGACCACCCCCUGAUGACCCCAGGACCCUGCAUGAGCUUCAGACAACCUUCCUCCCAUCUAUCCACACGUGAUCUUGGCGGAGGGAGGACUGAGCGAUCAUACUACACCCCCACAUGCUCAAUUCUCAUUCCUGGGGAGAUUCACCAGCCUGAGGAGAUGAUGAUGAUGAUUAACUGAUGAAGAACAGUCACACAGUGGGCUAAUGGUGGAAGGAUGUAGAUGCAUGCUGGUCAUGGGUUGUGUUCAGUAGUGCACAUCGCACAAAAACGUUUUGAAAGAGAAAACAAAGUUAAGGUAGCACCUCCCUGUUUCAUUUUUAGCAUAUAUUUUGUGUUAUUUCCUAUGUUUCCCAUUUCCCCUCAACCACCCAAUAUGAGAGAGAGAGAGAGAGCGAGAGAGAGCGAGAGAGAAAUCCUAACUUGAACUUCCACACACAUCUCCCAUUGACAUCAGUGUCUGAUUUACAUCAAGUAAGGAUUUUGACCAGGGGGGGGGGGAGACAGGCAGGCAGUGGUUGGUUUUAGAUGGUUUUGCACACAGCACCCUCUUCAAUAUGUGGUAUGCAACGUUAGUUUAUUUUAGCCACGUACACUUCUAGUAGUGGACCACAGGGGGUUGGUCGCACCUUAAUGGGUGAGGACAGGCUCGUGGUAAUGGCUGUAGGGGAAUGGUAUCAAAAACAUGGUUUCCAUGUGUUUGAAUCCAUUCCAUUUACUCCGUUCCAGGCCUUAUUAUGAGCCGUCCUCCCCUCAGCACCCUCCACUGUAGUGCACUAUAUGGAAUAUGGUGUCAUUUGGGGACGGUACGAUAGAGUGGCCUUUGAGUGUGCAAUGGGAUCAAUACUGGACCUACAUGAGGGACCUUUUUAUUCCUCAGUUCUAUUGGUGCUACAGCUUGACAUAAGACAUGAAGAGAUUACCAGUCAUAGGAUAUCAUCCAAAGUUUCUAUAGAUAUGACUUUGUAAAACAUUAUCAUUGUUUAAUUUAUGAUUUAAUUAUGUUCCCUGAGAUUGACGUUGCCUCUUUUGUGCAUUUUUCCAAAGCUUCCGAGUGUACGGUUCUUGUAAUGAAAUGAUAGUGAAUCCUACUGAAAAGGAUAUGAAAGUCCCUUCCCAGUGGGUUUGAACCUUUUUUAAAUCAAUUAGUAAAUGACUCAUUAAAUACAUAGUGACUAGGGUUGAAUAUUUUCCCGGUGUUUUAGAAAUGUUCCAUCCCGAAAUGAAAUCCCUUUUCUCCUGGGUAACCUGGUGUUUCCCACCAAAACCGGAGGUUUCAUUCAAAAGAAUUAUAAAGCAUAUAUGUUUGGAUUUGAUUAGAGCUUUGAUCAGCAUGAAAAGUCUAACCUGAAUCUACCUGAGCCUGAUGAGCCAUAUAUUUUAAAAACAUUUAUGAGCCCUACAUGAGCCUAAGCCCAAAAAUGCCCAAAUGAUUAUGCCACUAUCCAAUACAUGUAUGAUAAAGGCUACUGCACAUUAUGCGUGACAGAAAAACAUAGAAGCCCCUAGAUGUAGCCAGCUAUAGCCUAUGCUCUCUUGGGUAAAUAAAUUAAACUAGCUCCAGUAGGCUAAUCUUUUUGACUGUGGACUGUAUUGUAUUAUAUGGACUGGAAUUAGGCACAUCAUUGAAACCAUGAAGCAGAAGAGAACAUGCUAUUCUGGUGCAGCACAUGCGGCCUACAAAGUUCAAACUAUUGGCUAGCAAAUUUGAUUUUAAUUUUGAAAUAUAAUUGGGCCUAUUGGUAUAAUUAGUAGGCUGACAUAUUUCUAUACCUACCUGUUUAUAUACCCUGAAUGUUAUCCUCUUUCUCUCAUUCUUUCCGUGCUUUCAACAAUUAAAUUAAAUGCAUUUCGUUGUCCUUAUCUUCAUCAUUCUAAUGUCAUCCUUGAAUAAUAUAGGACUAGAAUUAGAUGCAACAGGCUUUCACUUCGCUUCACAAAGAUUGAAUGGUUAUGGGUCUAAAUAAAUAACUGCUAUAGCCUACCGCCAUCGCGAGUUCACUCAUCUUUCAAAUUACCCAUGAGUUCUAUUGGCUUCUGUGUAUAACAUUCAGCUAAAAAGAGAAGGCAUCCCUCUUCAAAUAGUCUAUUGGUAUAAAAAAUGCUAUAAAAAAAAAAUGAUGUCCAGCAAGCUAUUCUGGUCUAGCUUUUCCUGCAUGGGACUCCAAGAGCUAAGGAGUGUUUUUUUUAAAGGAUAGAGGUCAGCGGAGCACAUGUGCUUGCGUAUUGGAUAAGAGACAGAGGCUAUAAGUUAGAAGCUUAUUAUGCAUAACCCAUCAUUAAUUAGCUAAAUAUAAGGCUAAUACUGCAUUGAACGUAUUACCCGUAGAAGGUAGGCUAGAACAUCUCUAUAUAUAGGGCUAUAUAUCAAUCUAGGACAGGAUUAUCUAUUUUGGAUGGAGUUGAUGGAGAGCGACAGAGAAAAAACAAGAACCCCGUAAUCCAGAAGGAGAUGGGUAAAUUAGACAUGCAUUCGAUCUUUAUAUUACUGUAAGAUAGGCCAAGCUGCAGCAAAUGUAGUCCCACCUGUCACAAGAACAAAAAGUUGAGAUGAUAGGUCUACAUGCAUUAUGAACUGUGCUCCAUACUGAGAUGGGCUGCUGUCUGUCCCCACCCUGAGCGGUGAUUCAUGCAGAGGCCGUAGAGAAGCCAGAUUUAGAUAUAGCAUAUAAUAUAACAGUUCCAUUUCACACCAUGCUGUUCAUAUAAAUAAUUUAUGAUAAUUUACCAGUUUCUCGCAGUUAUUUAUCCCAGGGAAAAGCGAGUGAUUUUUAGAGGUAAAUCCCGGUAACCGGGUUCCCACCAUUCAACCCUAGUAGUGACUACAUAAAUGUAACCCAGUGGAAGAUGUUGUGAAUUCUGUAAAAAAAACAAAGUGAGAAGCUAAAAGCAGUGCAGUUAGUUGUCUAUUUUGUGUGUGUGUGUCUCAAUUUGUCUGAAGACAAAAGAUAUGACCGUACUGCCAUAAAUUGCAGAAAGUCAUGUUCUAUAAAUAUAUAUACAUAUAAAAGUAUGAUGUUGACCAUAUGGAUAUAUAUGCAUUGAAUGUUUGCACCGAAUCGUGAGGAGCAAGGCUCUCUGAACAAAAUGGCAGACCGUUCUAGUGUCUUCAGCUAAAACUGGAGAAAUAUUUCUAAAAAAUAAAAACUUUUAUAAAUGUCAAAUUACAUGUAAACUUAAAAUGUUUUCAAACUGUGACUGUGUAGAGGGAGAGUACUUUUUAUUUUCUUUCAUUUAUGUAUAUUUCUUGAAUUUUUUAUGUAUACUUUUUCCACAUGAUGUAAACGUAUUACCCUGAGAUUCCAGUGUUUAGUUAUUUCAUAUAUCCGAGAUGUUUGUGGGAAUGACACCCCUUAGACUGUGUUCCCCUGUUCUCCACAUGUCUCACACAGUAGUCUGACCGUUUAGGACAGAACGGUCUCCAACCAUGGUUCUCCUGAUUUACAGAGCACGCUGCCAGUCUCUGGCAUUUAGAACUGCUCUGUACAGUACAUUUCUAUUUCAAUCUGUCCAUUCUGUCUAUUUCAAUCUGUCCAUGGUUGAACAAAGUUUCAAAUCAGCUUGGUCUCCAGGACCAGAGUUGGAGACUAGGCUACUGUUUAGGUUCUCUUAUCCUGCCCCUUGUCCAUAAACCAGGAUGUGAUUUUAAAGUACUCUCUAUGGCCAUCUCCCUUUCCAGAAGUCAUUACUGACCUGAUAAAAUCGUAGAGGUAAAAGCAAAGGGUUUCACUGGUCAGCUUUCACCUAUCCAGGUCAUGAGAACAGUUUUAUUUCAGGAAGGAGGAAAAAACAUGUGUCUUUCAAAAAAGUUGCAACGGGGCCCUAGCCUGUGUAUCCCUGCCCUUGCCUUAAUGUCUGUGGACUCACCAGUCUGUGAUAACUUUGUUUUCAACUCUUCAUUCAGGAACACAGUGCUGUUAAAGGGGCUACUUCUAUAAAGUCAUGGUUCUCGUUUUAUUUUUUAAAACUUUCUUUUUCAUUAGUUAAAGAAAUGUACUGCCUUCCGUCUGUGUUAAUGAUGAAAAAUGUUACGUAAAAUUAAAGCAAAACAGACACGUUUGAGUAUUUGCAUUUUGUAUGUAUGUAAAUAAACAUAUCCUAUCAGUC